AUGGCGACGGUGCGCGUCUGCGUCUGCGGCGACGAAGGCACGGGCAAGUCGAGCCUGAUCACGUCGCUGGUCAAAGACCUCUUCGUCACCAACAAGAUCCAGCCUGUGCUGCCGCCCAUCUCGAUCCCGCCCACGCUGGGCACGCCGCAGAGCGUCACCACCACCAUCGUCGACACAUCCGCCCUNCCCCAGGAACGCGACAACCUGCGCAACGAGCUGCGCAAGUCCAAUGUCAUCCUUCUCGUCUACUCGGACCACUACAGCUACGAGCGUGUCGCCCUCUUCUGGCUGCCCUACUUCCGCUCCCUGGGCGUCAAUGUCCCCGUUGUCCUUACCGCCAACAAGGCCGACUUGUCCAAAAAUGUCUCGACCCAGCAGGUCGUCGAUGAAGAGAUGCUNCCCGUAAUGCAAGAGUUCAAGGAGAUCGACUCGUGCAUCCGCACCAGUGCUCGCGAGCACCACAACAUCAACGAAGUCUUCUUCCUAUGCCAAAAGGCCGUCACCCACCCCAUUGCUCCCAUAUACGAUGCAAAAGAGUCUUCGCUCAAGCCUGCUGCCGUGUCCGCUCUCCGAAGGAUCUUCUACCUGUGCGACAAGGACCAAGACGGUCUGCUCAACGAUGCAGAGAUCCUCGACUUCCAGCUUAAAUGCUUUGAAAAACCCCUGUCUGAUCAGGAUCUUGUUAGCAUCAAGCGCUCCGUCCAUGCUCACCAAGGUGGCAUUGAUAUCGAUGGCUUCAUUCUCCUCAACAAAAUGUUUGCCGAAAAGGGCCGUCACGAGACUAUUUGGAUCAUCCUCCGCAAGUUCCAAUACACCGACAGUCUCAGUCUCAAGGACACCUUCUUGCACCCCAGAUUUGAUGUUGCCUCCUCUUCUUCCGCCGAGUUGAGUCCCUCAGGCUAUCGUUUCUUCGUGGAUUUGUUCCUCCUGCAUGACAAGGACAAUGACGGAGGUUUGAACGACUCUGAGCUCGCCGCUUUGUUUGCACCUACCCCUGGACUCCCGGCUUCUUGGAUCGAGUCCGACUUCCCUUCAUGUACCGUCCGUAACGAGGCUGGUCACAUCACUUUGCAAGGUUGGCUAGCACAAUGGAGCAUGACAACAUACGAGGAACCAAAAGUCACAUUAGAGUAUCUGGCCUAUCUCGGCUUCGAGAGCCCUCAACGAGGAGGUACCACCACUGCACUAAAGGUCACCAAAGCUCGCAAGCGACGCAAUAAGCCUGGUCGUGUAGAGCGCAACGUUUUCUUGUGCUAUGUCAUUGGUGCUGGCGGCAGUGGUAAGUCAAGUUUAUUGUCAGCUUUCCUCAACAGACCUUUCAGCACGACCUAUCACCCCACCAUCAAACCAGAGAUUGCCGUCAACAGUGUUGAGCUUCCUGGCGGCCGGCAAUGCUAUCUCAUACUAAAAGAGCUCGGGGAGCUGGAACCUGCCGUGCUGGAGAAUCAGGCCAAGCUUGAAGCUUGUGACCUCCUCUGCUACACAUACGAUUCGAGUGAUCCUGACAGUUUUGGUUACAUUGUCGAGAUGCGCAAGAAAUACGCCCACCUCGAACACCUGCCNGGUGUAUACACCGCCUUGAAGGCGGACCAAGACAGAGCGGUACAGAGGAGUGAGAUGCAGCCGGAUCACUACACAGAAGAGCUACUAGUACCAAAACCGCUCCACGUGAGCGUGACAUGGGCAAGUGUUUCCGAGUUNUUUGUGCACCUCGCCGAGAGCGCGACGUUCCCAUCGACAGCGUUCCCAAAGAACGAGGAAUCAGAUGUGGAUCGAACGAAUUUGUACAUUGGGAUCGGAGCAGCGGUAUGCGCCGGAGCGGCUCUGGCCAUCAUGUGGAGGAAGAGUGUGGCAGCCAGCAACUAA